CAGGCAACUUCAGAGCUGGAGAGAAGGGAGAGAGAGAAAAGAACAUAGAGCUUUACGGGAUCUUAGAAUUGUGGAAGAAUUUUGAACAUGUAAAAAAGCGAGGCAAUGUGAUUUCACCUUGUGUGUCCGGGAAAUGGAAUUAACAAAUGGAUUUUCUUAAACACGCUCUCUCCCUCUCUUUCUCUCUCUCUCUCUCUCUCUCUCUCUCUCUCAUUGGGGGGAAAAAUAGAGCGCUCAAAUGAAGGGGACACAGAUCUGGAUUAAAACGCAUAAAUGGGACACUCCAGAGAAGCAUCCGCUAGGAAAAGUGCUCGGAACAAGUGACUGUGAUGGGCUGUCGGGCUGCAUCUGAAGUACUCUACCAAAGAAUAAUAUCCACUCCUGACCUACUCUGAAGAACAAUAUUUGAUUCGAUCAAUGUUACAGUCUCCCCCGGAGGGAAUUACUCCUGAGUAAUAGGUGGACCCUCAGAAAAGAGCAACAGUAGACCAUGUGAUACUUGACCUUCAAAGAGAGAACUCGGGUACACUCCAGGAGAUGUCAAAUCUGAGUUGAGGCUGCUCUCGAGAGGAACACCCAGCUCAUAAUUCAAUCAUCUUUUCAUGUGUUGCUCAGCAAUACUCAAACAUCAUGGGCCAUCAGUGACGGAGCGUAGUUAUCAAUGCUGGAUCUUCAUUUAUUGAGGAGUACCGGACAUCUCAUCAUGGAUUUGAAUGAGAUUUUCUUCACCAAAGUGCAACUGUAAGAAAGACUGGAGUGUGGGGGAACCGGACACUGGGGGUUGGGAGGAUUAGCUAGUGGGCUGCUAACCCAUGGUGGAUCUGCUGUGAGCAGGAUAAGGGACUCAGCAGUGGAGGAUGUCAGCGGAGGCCGAGCUCCAGCCGGGUGUCAAAACCAGCCAGCGAAGGGAGUCCAGGAGGAUCAAAGGUCAGGACCGCAGUGAGGCGGGGCUUAUUAAGCGUUUCCGUGGAGAUGGCGUGCGCUACAAGGCCAAGCUGAUCGGGAUUGAUGAGGUGACAGCAGCGCGUGGGGACAAGCUGUGCCAGGACUCCAUGAUGAAGCUGAAGGGAAUGGCUUCCUCAGCACGUUCCAAAGGGGAGCACAAGCAGAGAGUGUUCUUGACGGUCUCUUUCGGCGGGAUCAAGAUUUACUGUGAGAGAUCAGGGGUGCUCAUGCAUCACCACUCAGUCCAUGAGAUCAGCUACAUCGCAAAGGACACCAGGGACCACCGGGCCUUUGGCUACGUCUGUGGGAAGGAGGGCCACCACAAGUUUGUGGCCGUCAAGACCGCGCAGUCGGCGGAGCCUCUCAUCAUUGACCUGCGUGACCUCUUUACGCUCAUCUAUGACAUUAAACAGCGGGAGGAGAUGGAGAAGAAGGCCCAGAAGGACAAACAGUGUGAGCAGGCAGUCUACCAGACCAUCCUGGAGGACGAAGUGGACGAUCCCGUUUACCAGUACAUAGUGUUUGAGGCUGGACACGAACCCCUCCGUGGCCCCCAGUCAGAGGAGAGCGUUUAUCAGGUCCCAACCAGUCAGCAGAAGGAAGGGAUCUAUGAUGUCCCAAAACGCCAUUUCAUGACUAACAUCAACCACUUUGAUCUUUUCGGUGACAUGUCCACUCCUCCCUCGAUGCCCCCAUCACCUGCCAACACACUGGACCCAAGCAGGAGCAGCCGCCAGCAGCAACACACUCCUGCUGAGUUGUACGCCCCCUUCAGCCCCACCUCUGUGCCGUCAGGUUAUAUGACCAUGGGUCCGGUGCAGGCGGCCCAAUGGGCGCAGCAGCCAUUUCCUGCCCAGGCCCAGACUUUGGCCUUCCCUGUGCAGGGGCCCCUCCAGGUGGCUCAGGUCCUCCCUGGUGGUCAGCCAGUCAUCUGGAGCCAGGCCAAUAUUUUCCCGGCCACCCAGCAGCAGUGGGCGGCCAUGGCAGCCUACAUGCCGGCCCAGACCGUGGGCGUGGGAGGGCACGCCAUACCAGCUGCCAUGCUCCAAGGCCUGGUACCCAUUACCACCAUGUGCCCCCAAGCCUGCGACAUAUCAGCCCCCUCCUCUGCCAUCACCAGCCCCCAGCACACGGCCGACCCCGGCCUGCUGCAGAGGCAGCUGAGCCUGGGGAGGGAAGGCCUCGGCGUGGACUCAGAUGCAGGCGAGGGCCCCUCUACAUCAGGAGCCGGAGCAGCAGGUGUGGGACCUGGCGUGGCGUCCGCAGCGGUGAGCAGGUGUGGGACCCCAGGCCUCAUGGGUGUACCGGACACACUGGCCUGCAGUCAGCUGCUGCUGCCUCCGUCAGCUGCUGUGAACCAGGAAGAGGAAGGGAGCUGUAGUGACCUUGAUCUCUCUAGGAUGACCUUGAGCCCCGGUACAUCCACAUCACCGUCUACUGAAUCUCCAUCCACUCCAGCCCCUCAGCAGAGCUCGUCUUCAGACUGCCCUCCUUCCCAGGCCAGUGACCCCCCAACAGAUCACUCCCCUGUAGACCCAGUGGGCAACUGCAGCAACGUUAAGGAGGAACAGUCGACAACCAUGCUUCCUGUGGUGAUACGAGUGAUGAGUGCCCUCAGUUUGCAGUGCUGUCUACUUUAUGGUACUUUGUGCUUGGUGCUGCUAAGUAAAGUUGCCAUGACAACAGCGAGCGAUGAAGAGCCUAGUGUUCGUGAUGCUCGGUCAGUGGGCGAUCAGGUGCUAGUUCAUCCAGUGGACUGUGCUUUAUCAGAGUGGAGCUCGUGGUCACGCUGUGACACCUGUCAGAAAAAAAGAUAUCGCUACGCUAAACUGGUCCAGCCGUCUCAGUUUGGGGGGCAGCCGUGCAAUUUUCAUGGCAGGGAGGAGGAGGCCUGUAACGUUCCAUCCCGUUACACCUGUAACAAUGUUCCUUUGUGUGAGGGAUUCCUCUGUGCCCAAACAGGUCGUUGUGUUCACAGAACUCUGCAGUGUAAUGGGGAGGAUGACUGUGGGGACAUGUCAGAUGAAGUCGGCUGUAAAAAGGUUCCAAAGCCCUGCAGGCAGGAGGCUGAAGAGUAUUGGGGAAUCGAAAAUCUUGCCAAAGGAAUCAACGUUUUGAACAGUGACCUGGAAGGUGUGGUGCUUGAUAACAGAUACUACGCUGGCAGCUGCUUGCCUCACUUCAUCCAGGAUGUCAGAUUCAGGAAGCCUUACAACUUGCAACAGUACACUCUGCAGACAAAAGGCUCAUAUGAUUUCACCUUGGAGGCUUUCGACUCAUACUCUGAGUACAUGGACCACACCAUAAAGGAGCACACGACCCAAACCUCUUUUGCCAUCGGUUUUGGCAUUGCAGGAGUAGCUGAAUUUGGCUUCAGUUUCAAAGAUGAAAAAUAUACCAAGGCAGAACGGAAGAUUCGCAGUGCUUCUGGCAAGACUAACAGCUUUGUGAGAGCCAAAGCAGAACUGGAGCUGGCCCAGUAUAUGUUGAAAUCAGAUGGUUUGAUGCUUCACCCUGAGUUCCUGCAGCGCCUGCGCUCCUUGCCACAGUCCUAUGUUUAUGGGGAAUACAGACAGAUCUACAGGGACUACGGCACCCACUACGUCACAGAGGCAGCCCUCGGAGGAGACUAUGAGCACACCACUAUCCUGAACAAGGAGAAGCUUGAGAAGACACAUUAUACUUUGGACGACUACAAACGCUGUACGGAGGCAGGCGUUAAGGCCGGGGCCAACAUUAAAGGUGUUUAUGUGUCUUUGGGUGUUACGGGUGGAUCUUGUAGUGGCCUGAUGACUGAGAUUGGAGAGGACACAGUACAUGGCAGCAUGGUGGAGGACUUUGUUGCUGUUGUAAGGGGUGGAAGUAGUGAAUCCAUCGCUGCUUUGGUGUCUAAAGAGCUUCCCACCCCGCAGCUGAUGGGGCUCUGGGGCGAAGGCGUGCGCUUUAACCCCGACUUCAUUCGCAAAACAACAAAACCGCUGUAUGAGCUGGUGACCUCCAGAGACUUUUCACAGGAUGGCACUCUGAAAAGAAACCUGAAGAAAGCGCUGUCAGAGUACCUGACAGAGGCUAGUCCGUGUCGAUGUGCUCCCUGCCAUAACAACGGAGUGGCCUUUUUGAAAGGCACCAGGUGUGACUGUGUGUGCCCUGUUGGCUACUCUGGACGGGGCUGUGAAAUCACUACUAGGCAAAAAGAUAUAGCCAUUGAUGGCAGCUGGAGCUGCUGGGGCGCAUGGUCAUCCUGCAGUGGAAGAACAAUGACAAGGAGUCGACAGUGUAACAACCCAGCACCCGGCAAUGGAGGCCUGGCGUGCAGAGGACUGCAGCAAGAGUCUACUGAAUGCAUUUAAAAUCUGCACAACAGCCCUGACUAAUAAAAAACGAACUUUGGUA